GUUUUUUAUUUCAUUAGGAGGGAACUUCAUAGUCUCUCAUCACCUCAGUUAUUUUGCACUUGUAAAGAUAUCAAAUGGCUGACUUAGAGCAUGAAACUUCCCAUCUUGCACAUGUGAUGCGUGAUAUGGACAAAGAUUUUGAGUUUGUAGUAGGGAUGGUUUUCUCAAAUGAACUUGAAGCAUAUCAUAAGUAUGUGGCUUAUGCAAUCAGCAAAGGAUUUGGAGUGAGAAAAGGUAAUGCGGUUAAAAAUAGAAAGGGUGAAAUAACCCGGCGAACUUUUUUGUGUAAUUGUGAGGGGCAUUCGGUUGGGUCAUCUGAUCAAGAAAAGAAAUAUGAGAGAUUUGAAGUUAGAUGUGGGUGUCUUGCUCAUAUCAAAUUUAAGGUUGAUAAGGGUGUCUAUGAAGUCAUGGACUAUGUUUCUGAGCAUAAUCAUGCAUUUGUACGGGAAGAUCAAAAGCAUUUGAUUAGAUGUGGAAGAAUGAUAUCUGACACGUGCAAGGGUGUUUUGGUUGAUAUGAUUAAAGCAGGCAUUGGGGGGACUUCGGCAUAUAAAUUUUUAGCAAACGAAGCUGGAGGAAGCAAAAACUUAGGUUUCAUCCUGCGUGAUUGUCAAAAUUUUUUGCAAACGGAAAAAUCCAAGGUUAUAAGUGGCGGAGAUUGUCAAAGUCUUUUGAACCAUUUUCAUUGCAUGCAAAUGCAAAACCCAAUGUUUUUCUAUGCUGUUCAAGUAGAUCAAGAUGGUAGAUUGACCAAUUUAUUUUGGAGAGAUAGCUUGUCCAAAUUUGAUUAUGACUGUUUUGGUGAUGUGCUAGUGUUUGAUACCACAUACCGUACCAACAAAUAUAACAUGAUAUGUGCACCUUUUGUUGGGGUUAAUCACCAUUGGAAGAAUACUCUGUUUGGUUGUGCAUUUUUGCUGGACGAGACUGCAGAAUCAUUUAUUUGGUUAUUUGAUGUGUUUUUGAAGUCUAUGGGAAAUAAGGCUCCGAAAACCAUAUUCACUGAUCAAGACCAAGCCAUGGCAAAAGCCAUUAGAAUGGUGUUUCCAAAUACACAGCAUCGUUUAUGCACUUGGCACAUCGGGAAAAAUGCCAAUCAAAACAUUCCACAUCUUUACCAUAAGCCAGGUUUUAAGGAUAAAUAUUUCUUAGUGCUUAUGUAUAGAUGCAAAUCAGAGGACGAAUUUGAAGCUACAUGGAGGGAAAUGGAAGAGGUGUGGGGUACUAAAAAUAACAAUUGGCUUCGGAGAUUAUAUGACCUUAGACAUAAAUGGAGUUCAGCUUUUGGUCGUGACUCUUUUACAUGUGGUAUAAGGUCAAGUCAAAGGAGUGAGAGCACCAAUAAUGUCUUCCAACAUAUGUCGACGAAGACAUUGUCUCUUGUAGAAUUUGUCCACCAUUAUGAAGAACAAUUGAAACAUAUGAGAGAAGUUGAAAGUCAAGAUGAUUAUAGUUCUCGUGGGACAGCCAAAUCGCAGGUUAAAAAUAAUGGGAUCUUGUCACAUGCUGCUUCGGUAUAUACCCGUACCAUUUUUCUAAAGUUUAAUGAAGAAUUUGUGCAAAGUCUCUCUGAACAUAUUUCAAGUACUACAUCUGAUGGAUCGGUUUCUUUAUAUACUCUCAAGUGUAUGGGGAUUGGGAUUCAAGGUGAAUAUGUUGUUAGAUUUGACCCUGCAGACUUAUCAGUUUCUUGUGAAUGCAAAUUAUUUGAAUCAAAAGGGUGGUUGUGUCGCCAUGCCUUACGCGUGUUGAAUGUGAACAUGUCGAUGGUUACGGUAAUUCCUUCUUCCUAUAUUUUGAAAAGAUGGACUAAGGAUGCCAAAGAAGGGAUUGUCAAUGAUGAAUCCCAUCAAAUGUCACCGGGUCCAUCUAAAUUUAAUCGAUUUUCCACGUUAAUGCAUGAAUCCAUUGAACUGAUGAGUUUGGGAGCUGAAGAUGUACAUACUAUGAGAAUAUUGAGGAAGCACAUGGUUAAAGCAAAGGCUGAAAUUUCAUCAUACAAAUCAAGUAUGGUUGUGACUGAUGAUGCUGGUGAUGAUGAGUAUAAUGAGGCUUCUUUGUGCGAUAUUUCGGUAGCGGACCCCAUUCGAAGGAAACGAAAGGGACUAAGUUACGGAAGGCUUAAAAGCUCCAGUGAGAAAAAGAAGAAAACAUCUAAGAAAGGAACUCCCCCAACGCAAAUAGAAAGUCAAGAGUUGGUUGUCCAAGCGACGCAUAAUGAAACUCAGUUCCUAGAUUAUUCGAGUAAUUCAAAUCAGUUUCGAAGUGCCGUUUAUCCUAGCAACAUUGGUGGUCCUACUGUAAAUCUAAAUUUUCAUAAUCAGCAGCCACCAUUCAUCAUGCCGUCCGGGAUUAUGAGUGGAUUUUGCCCAGUCCCUAGUCGGAUGCAAUCACCAUACAUCAUGCCGCCGAGGAGUGGAUUUUCCCCAUUCACUAGUCAGAUGUUGGAGUACCAUAAUCAAUCCCACGGAACCAUUUUGAGCCAGGGGUCAUCAAACUCUUGUCAGCAUCCUAGGAUGAAUGAAUCCGAAGCCCCCUUUGAAAGCAUAGACAAUGCACGGUCGCAACACAAAUAGUCGGGAGGAACCCUCGUAAUAAGUCUCUUCACCAAAUAAAAUAUUUUUUGCGUCCUUCUCUGAUAAGGUAACUAUUGUAGUAUGAGUUCACUGUGACUUGGGAUUUGCAUCUGUGCCUUUUAUAUGAAAAGAUUUUCCUUUGUAUUUCCUUGGUUGUUACUUGGAAGAAAUGUUUUUAUAUUUCCAAUUUUGUUAGUUGGGCUAUAAAUCCAGUAGGAACCAAGUUCGAUAUUCAUUUGACGUGAUGUAGUGAUUAACUAGGGCAUAGUUUCAAUAGACAUUAGAAAAGGAUUGUUAGAGUAGUAAAGAUUUAGUUCUAUGUAAGUUAUGAUCUUAUCAAACUUGCUUAGAGCUUCACCCAUAUGCAGAGAUUCAUUCUUCUUCAGAGUAUUCACUAUGUUCUCUCAUUUUCUGCAGUUAUGGGUAUUCCAAAGAAAGAUUUGUUUGGGCUCUGAUAUCUGUUGUUGGCAUUUUUUUGUCUUGGGUCUGGUGCUACAAUUGUUAAUGGAAUUCGAAGCUUGUGGAUUGCACACGUAAUCUUCUUUUUUUGUCUUAUCCUUUACCGUUCUUCUAAAGUUUUAGCCAGUUCAUAAAAUGGGCAAAGUUGUUCUUGAUAUAUAAGGUCAUUGUCUUCUUUAGCGUUCGGAAAAUAUCCAAUAUGCAGCUUCAGUGAUCGGAGGCUCAUUCAUGAUCGAAGGUAUUUCGACUUACCAUUUGUUUUGGGCUGCUACUUAUAAUGAAAUCAUUGGUAUUUUGACUUACCAUUUAGUAAUCGGAGGCUCAUUCACCUAUAAUAUUUGUUCAGUGAUGUGCAGAUCAAGAGUGAUUUGAACCUGUCAACUGGUGUGAAGUGUUAGUGUGAAGUUUCAAGAAUGAUCUGAAGGAACAAGUUUGUAUGGCGUCGUCUCACAAUUUAGUAUUUGGGUCCAGAAUGCAUGAACCCAUGCAUUUAUUGAAGAUGAUUGGUUUUGAUUCAAGCUAGCAAAAUUACAAGCUCUACUAUACUUGACUGAAAAUGUAUUUA